AUGGAAAGCUGCACUUAAGAUUCUGACUUUAACGUAUUGGAGGAUGGUUUCACUCCAAGAGAUGUAAUCGACAAAAAUAUCACUGAACAUCAGCUUAAGGAUAAUACAGAUGCCUUCUUUGUUGCUGACCUGAGUGAUCAUGUAAAUCAGCGUCUGCAAUGGCAGAGAGCACUGCCUCGAGUGGAACCUUUCUACGCUGUCAAAUACAAUAAAAACAAACUAGUGGUUCAGAUUCUUGCUCAAAUGGGAAGGGGCUUUGACUGUGCGAGUAAGGAUGAGAUUGCGAUGAUACGAGACAUUGGCGUCCCUGCAGAGAGAAUCAUUUAUGCAAAUCCCUGCAAGGAGAGGUCUCAUGUUAAAUAUGCUGCCAGCCAUGGGGUGCAAAUAAUGACCUUUGAUAAUGAAAAUGAACUAUGCAAAGUUGCAAUGAAUCAUCCUACUUCCAAAAUGGUUUUACGUAUUGCUACUGAUGAUUCUAAGUCUAGUUUUCCCCUGGGUCUCCUUUGGAGAAGUUUUCAUGUGGGAAGUGGCUGUACUGAUCCAAAUGCUUUUACUCAUGCUAUAGUAGAAGCACAUCUUGUCAUUAACAUGGGAAUUGACCUUGGAUUCUACAUGGAUUUGCUUGACAUUGGAGGUGGAUUUCCUGGUUCAGAUAGAAAUAUGUUUGAGGAGAAACAUUGCCCUGACCAACAGCUGUAUAACACGGGGGUUUGGGGAGCCACCUGUACUGAUGUCGAACAUAAUAAUGAUCAAUGGAAGCUACCUGAACUGGAGGUUGGAGACUGGCUGACCUUUGCAAAUAUGGGAGCGUAUAGUACCUGUUUGUCACCUAACUUCAAUGGCUUUUAUUGUGCUCUGAUACGCUAUGUGAUAUCCAAUGUUCCUUGGUGA